AUGGGCCCCCACCUGCUCCUGCUGCUGCUCCCGGGACUAGCAGGCCAGGGCUCGGCUGACAGCCUCCCCGAGAAACUGCAGGCACCUGUGGGGGGCUCCAUUCUGGUGCAGUGCCAUUACCGACCCCAGGACAUCAAGGCUCGGAAGGUGUGGUGUCGCUUCGGGCCAGAGGGGUGCCAGCCCUUGGUGACCUCGGCUGUGGAUCGCAGAGCCCCAGGGCACAGGCGCACGUUUCUCACCGACAUGGGGAGCGGCCUGCUCCAGGUGGAGAUGGUUACCCUGCGGGAGGAGGAUGUGGGGGAGUACGGCUGCGUGGUGGAGGGAACCACCGGGCCCCAGACGGUGCACAGAGUCGCUCUGGAGGUGCUCCCUGCGGGUGAUGGGGAGGAGGAAGAGAACUAUAAGGCUGGCAGCCUGGCUGACGGCCCCUCCUCAGACCCUGCAGGCCGCGCCAGCCCUCCGGAACCCAGCCAGGAUAAGAGCAUCCCCUUGAUCUGGGGCGCUGUGCUCCUGCUGGCCCUGCUGGUGGCGGCGGCGGUGCUAUUUGCUGUGAUGGCCAAAAGGAAAGGGAACAGGCGUGGUGCCUGUGGCCGAUUCCAGAGCAGCGGAGUUCCAGGCACGACCCCCUCCUCAGUGGUCCACCACAUCAGUGACUCUGAACUGGCUGUCAGUUUGCCAUCGGACGUACCAUAUGUUAGGCUCGACUCACCACCUUCCUUCGACAAUACCACCUACACCAGCCUACCUCUUGAUCCCCCAUCAGGGAAAUCCCCACUCCCAGCCCCAUCCUCAUUGCCCGCUCUGCCUCCUAAGGUCCUGACCUGCCCCAAGCCUGUGACAUAUGCCACAGUCAUCUUCCCUGGAGGGGACGAGGGUGGAGAAGCCUCCUGUGAGCCAGCCCAGGAUCUACCUAAUAGCCAGACUCCCCCCAGCUAA